UUGCGUGAAGAUUAUGUUUGAUGGACUAGGCAGAUCGCUGAAUGAUUCAUUUGCACUUCAUCGAGGAUAUUGUUAGUAUAAGAUGAUCUGUUUGGCUAUUGGCAAACUUGUAUUUUGGCCCUUUUUUUCCUCUUUGAUCAAAUUAUUUUGAGUUUGGUUUUGAUAAACACAAAGAUUUUGCCCACUUUUGCAAGUUCAGGAGUCACUUUUUUGUUUACUUAGACUAUUAAGGGCAUUUAAUUUUUCCAAUUUUGGACCAAAAUAUAUCCUAGACCCCAGGAAUUCUAUCAGUGUCCUGCAAAUAGUCUUUACUGCACUUUCCUAUUGAGUGUUUCCAUGUUCCCACUGAGUAAUUUGAGUUUGCUGGUGUUCAGUUUUUGUUUAGUUGCGAUGGUUAUCCAGAGAGAUAAAAUUAAUUAAUUCGUUAGAAUCAUCUUUAUUUCCACAUAUAUCAGUUUAUAUCAGGAGUUACUUAUUAGCACCAACGUUGGUUCCUUUUACAGCUAAAUGACGAGUGUGGAAGUGUCACUGGUUCUGUUUGUUUUCAAUAAAGUUGAGAGCAAAGUGUUUGGUACCAUGGGUAUUGUAGUCUGUUAUUUAAAGAGCUUAUCGGCAUUCCAUGAACUACAAGCGCGCAUGCGCAGUCGGCUGACCUUCCGAGGGACUCUCGCAAGCAUGGCGACCCGAGCACUGAUGAAAGGUCUUCUGGGGCUGCGACCGUCACGGGCUGUUACGGUCGGAUACUCUGUCGGUGGACAUCACUAUUCCACCGCAGCGUCCGUCAAACCACCUCCACCCCAGGUUGACGACAGUACAGAUAAAAUAAUAAACCUGCCGCUUGGGAAGCCGGACUUUUUCCGUGUGUCAGAGCUCUUCUCGCUGAAAGAACUGUUCGACGCCAGAGUUCAUCUUGGACAUAAGAAAGGUUGCAGGCACAGGCUUAUGGAGCCUUACCUCUAUGGCUGCCGUUUGGACCAGGACAUAAUUGACCUCGACCAGACGGUGGAGCACCUUCAGCUAGCCCUGAACUUCACCGCUCACAUAGCGUAUCGUGGUGGCAUCAUACUGUUCAUCAGCCGCAACCGUCAGUUUUGCCACCUGGUGGAGAACACCGCAAAGGAUUGUGGGGAGUACGCCCACACGCGUUACUGGCAGGGCGGCCUCCUCACCAACGCCAACAUCCAGUACGGCCCAGGAGUCCGCUUACCCGACCUCAUCAUCUUCCUCUCAACGCUCAACAGUGUGUUUCAGCAGCACGUGGGGAUCAGAGACGCGGCAAAGAUGAACAUUCCCACCGUCGGUGUGGUGGACACAAACUGCAACCCCAGCCUGCUGACGUACCCUGUGCCUGGCAACGAUGACACCCCAGUUGCCAUGGAGCUGUACUGUCGCUUAUUCAAGAUGACCAUCAAACGUGCCAAGGACAAAAGGAAACAGAUGGAGCUACUGCAAGGCCUGUCAGCACCAUCCACACCGACUUCAUGACACAACAAAUUCUUGACUAAGAGACAAUAAAAGAUGCAUUUCAACACAGUCUGUUGCUGCCCUUCAUCGUGCAUGAUGAACAAGAUCCAAUGCUAGUUGUUCCGGACUGAGCUAAAUAUGCCGUGGGCUGAAUCUCGUUUCUAUGACAAAUGCUUUUCUGGUUGUAAUUUAACAUUAACAUCUUCCGUUUUAGAUGGACUGCCAUAGUCAAACAGCACUUUGUGUUACUGUCGUAUUCAUGUUCAUGCUCACAGGUUGUAAGACAUAACCAGAAUAAUGACUAAAUCCCUUCAAAUGA